CGAAGGGACAGGAUCAAUUAAGUUCUGCUCCACCUGCUUUACUAAUCUGUGGCUCACGUCUGAGGCUUCAGAAUCACAAAGAAUCCUGGAGGAAAAACCUAAAGAAAACAGAGUCAUCGAAUGUAAACAAAUAGAAAGCAAAGACCAAGGUCUAAUAAAACCAGUCAUCUGGAAUCUUCAUCUGUCUGGUAGGCCUACAUAGAAAGAUGUCCCUGGAAGAAAUAAAAGAUCACCAGCUGGUGGGAAAAUACAUACAACCAGAAACCAGGGAAGUGAAUGGAGUCCUUCUGACCAAGAUAAUGAGUGAUAAUUGGGACAAUAUCUGGAAUUUCCAAGCAAAACCUGAUGAUCUCCUCAUUGCAUCCUAUGCAAAGGCAGGCACAACCUGGACACAAGAGAUUGUGGACAUGAUCCAAAAUGAUGGAGAUGUGCAGAAGUGCCAGAGGGCCAACACCUUUGACCGGCAUCCUUUCAUUGAGUGGGCUCUACCCCCGCCCCUCAACUCAGGUCUGGAUCUAGCCAACAAAAUGCCUUCUCCUAGAACUAUGAAGACUCACCUGCCUGUUCAGUUGCUGCCACCUUCCUUCUGGAAAGAAAAUUCAAAGAUUAUCUAUGUGGCUAGAAAUCCAAAGGACCUUCUGGUGUCCUACUACCAUUUCUCAAGAAUGACUAGAAUGAUGCCUGACCCUGGUACAUGGGAAGAGUAUAUUGAGGCAUUCAAAGCUGGAAAAGUGCUGUGGGGUUCCUGGUAUGACCAUGUGAAGGGAUGGUGGGAUGUGAAAGACCAGCACCGUAUUCUCUACCUCUUCUAUGAGGACAUGAAGGAGGGUGAGCCUCCUGAGGGCAAGAACAGCUCUCAUCUCUGUGUCAUGACAGCACCUGAAAUGGACCCGAAGCGGGAAAUUCAGAAGAUAUUGAAGUUCCUAGAGAAAGAAAUGCCAGAAGAAGUCCUGAAUAAAAUCAUCUAUCACACCUCCUUCGAUGUAAUGAAGCAAAACCCAAUGGCCAACUACAGCACUUUGCCUACUGUCCUCAUGGACCAAUCUAUCUCCCCUUUUAUAAGGAAAGGAAUGCCUGGGGAUUGGAAGAACUAUUUCACUGUGGCCCAGAAUGAAGAAUUUGACAAGGACUACCAGAAGAAGAUGGCAGGGAGCACCCUGACCUUCCGCACAGAGAUCUGACGGCAACAGAGUAAUCUACCAGUCAGGACCUCCUUCCUAGAUUUUAGACGUUUGAGCCUCAUAAUCAAGGAUACUUAAAACUACCACACCUGUCCUCUAAUCCUGACCUUUCCUACACUAGCCAUAGAUUCUAUGCCACUAUGAUAUACUUCAUCCAAAUACAAUCAAAUCCUGAGUAGAAGUUUGAUGAAAUCAAAUCCUGGGUAGAAUUUUAAAAUUAAAUUACAUGAUCAUUCACAUAGACACCUAUCUCUUGUGUAACACUAAUCUAGGCACCAUGCAGUGAUGUAGGGGAAAGAAAGAUUACAAUCUCUGGCUACUACACAGUAUCUUACACGGUAGUAAAUUCAAGAGCAGAAAUAUAAACCAAGGAAUCCAGAAUACUUUUUAUCAUCUUAAAUAUUAAAAAGUCCUUGUCUUCUGCAAA